AUGUCGAGCUCAUUUGCAAACGAGAAGCCCGCGGGCUACAAGAAUCAUGUAGAGAACAUCGCGGUCGUCGGCGCGGCUGGACGAUCAGGAGGAGUCAUUACAGACGCUUUGGUCCAAGGAGGAAAGCACAGGGUGACUGGCAUAACUCGGCCGGGCAGCACCAGUGAAAUGCCAGCUGGCCUGCACAGUGUCAAGAAAGUCGAUUACGACAGUCACAGCUCACUGGUUGAGGCGCUGAGAGGACAAGACGUCUUGAUAAUAACACUGCCUGUCAUGGCACCCAGGGAAACCCAUACCAAGCUGAUUGACGCUGCCGUCGAAGCAGGAGUCAGCUGGAUCAUGCCCAAUGAAUGGGGUGUUGACGUGUCGAAGGUUGAGAUGGGUACCGAUGUCCUUGUCCGUUCGGGCAUCGUCGCCAUCAGAGAAUAUAUCGAGAAAACCGGCGGCGGAAAGACUGCGUGGAUGGGCCUCUGCACCGGAUUCUGGUAUGAAUUCAGCUUGGCAGGCACCGAGGCUCGAUACGGCUUUGACUUUGACAAGAAGGAGCUUACCUUGUAUGAUGAAGGUACCACCAAGAUUAACACCUCCACUUGGCCGCAGGUCGGACGAGCCGUGGCCAGUCUCCUUUCACUGAAGAUACUUCCAGAAAGCAAGGACGAUGCGAGCCCUAGCUUGAGCCAAUUCAAGAAUAAGCCGGUGUAUGUUUCGUCCUUCUUUGUCAGCCAACGGGAUAUGUUCGAAUCUGUGCUUCGGGUGAUGGGUGAUAGCGAGAAGGAUUGGAAGGUCACUUACGAGGAUGUAGCUGCACGCUUCAAGCGUGGGCAAGAAAUCUUCAAGCAAGGACAGACCGUCGGAUUUGGUAUCCUGUUAUAUGCGCGACUGUUCUACAAGGACGGGGCUGGAGACAUUAAUGCUCUGCUCGCCAAUAAGGCGCUCGGACUCCCGGAGGAGGACUUUGACAGGGCGACGAAGGUUGGCGUCGAGAUGGCAAUUGCAGGCAACACAAACGCUAUUCAUUAA